ACCGGGGUCAUGUAGCGAGUUCUUUUCCACUUGACCGUACAAAGUGUAGUGUCGAAGCCCUUGUGUCAGAGCUCAAGAACCAAAGCGUAGAAAUUACAACCAAUAUUAGAGAUUCAGACGGGAAAAAGGACGGGCCAAAACUUGUGUGCCCUGAAUCUUUUAUGCAUGAAAGUAAAUUCUACAGUACUACGCGUAUCUGCAACUAGAACAACGUGAUUUAGAAAGUGUUAUCUAAAGUUGAUUUGGCUGGGAAAUGAUUUUACUUCCGCUUUGUACUACCUUAAAACGAGAUAUCCACUUCCAGAAUUUAUCAGUGUGUUAAUUGCGUCAACUGAAGCAGCUUACUUGAUAUGAAGCUAUUGAAUGUGUUCGUAAUUUCUUGGUAUUUAUUAACAUACGUCAACAUCAUUCAAGCUACCAGGUCAUGUAAAAACACUGUGCGAAGAUCCCAUUCAUAUCAAGUGAGAGUUUGCUCCAGACACUGGUGGGGACUAUGUACUGGUCAUUCAUGGGUUUGGAGGUACUCUUCAGUAUAUGUAGAAGUCUGCUGUAGUGGUUAUGGUGGCUCAGGCUGUUUUCCUGUGUGUUACGGAUCCUGUCACGGUCGUGGUACGUGCGUAGUUCCAAACACGUGCCGCUGUAGUAGUGGGUAUACGGGUAGUGCCUGCCAAACACCUGUAUGCUAUCCAAGUUGUCAGCAUGGUUACUGUUCCAGGCCUAACUACUGCACGUGUCACCAUGGUUACACUGGCAGACACUGUGAAAUUCCUAUAUGUAAUCCUGAUUGUCAACAUGGAGGGACAUGUGUUAGCCCCAAUACGUGCCGCUGUAGGGAACAACAAUACACGGGGCCACAAUGUAACAUUGCUGUUUGUGAACCACCAUGUUUGAACGGAGGGACAUGUGUGUCACCAAAGACAUGUCAAUGUCCGUCAACGUACAAAGGCACAGUAUGUCAGACACCUGUAUGUCACCCACCGUGCCAGAAUGGUGGUACCUGUAUCUCUCCUGACACAUGUUCCUGUGACGAGACGUACACUGGGAGAGCAUGCGAAACGCCUCUGUGUUCCUAUCACUCGCCUUGCUUUCCUGGAAAGUGUUCAAACUCCAUCAUUUGCCAAUGUGACGAAGGCUUCACCGGUCAAAGUGGGUACCAGCGAUGUAAGACAAUGACAUCAAAGCUGGUUCCGACUAUAACACAGUGUACUUCAACCCUAGCAUUUAUUGGGAGGACAGAUAAAAGGGAGUGGUAUCGAUUUAUGACCGAUUCCUCAAAACCAAACUCUACAAUAAUAGACACAAUGUGGAUAAACCAGCUCAAGUACAACUACAUCGAUGUUGAAUUUGCAGCCAUUUACACACCGCCAGAGGGCAUGACGCUUCCAUACUAUGUUGAGGAAUUCAAAUUUGGAAUCGUGUCGGGAAAAAUCCAUAUUGUCUUACUCAAAGUCGACAGAAAUGAUCCAAGUCAACAUUUAGUGAGUAUGAAUGAAACCUUACCCUGUCAUUAUGAACCAGGUUCUCGGAAUCCAAACACCGAUUUUCGCUGUAACUUCACAGAUCCAGAUUUUGAUAGGCUGUUGGAGAAUGGAGAUAAUUUAACACUAACAGUGAUAGCGGAAAACGGUGGCUUCAGAAAGUUAGUUGGACCACACACAUCCAAAAUAGAUACAUUCAAAGGACAGACAUCCAGAAAGUCUACAAUGUUUCGUUUUGACUUUAAAAAGCCUUAUCACUGUCAAGAAGAUUCAAAUGCGCGGUGCACAGCAAAAGCACUGGAUGUAGUUCAAGACAUAACCAAGUUCCCUGUCAGACUGAGAUGGAGUAAUUGGACAGACGCGCUUUCUGGAAUUCAGAAAUACAAACUACAAGUUUAUUUGCUAAAACUAAACACAACAAACUUGGCAGAACCUCACCCGUGGAACCCAGACGAGGAAAAGAUUUUCAAUACAACAGACGAAAGUUACACGUAUACUCCGAAGAAAUCAGGAAUGUAUUCUUUUAUUUUAAACGUCAUAGACACCGCAAACAAUACACAGUAUGCUCGUACUUUGGUUUUAUACGACCCAACUUCUAAUAUAACUUUAACCAAAUCACCUCUUUUGGCAACUAGCGCUGAACCAGAGACAAAUUACAGGUGGCAGAAUAAUCUCAGUAACAACAUAAUGAUGUCUUGGAAAGGACAUUUCCAAAACAAAUUUCAUGACGCCAAUAAACUUUUAAAUCCAGUCGCACGCUAUCAAAACUUUGAUCAUAUGACAAAAUAUGAAAAACAAGUUCCAGAACAACUGGACGAUAAAACAGGGAAUCGAACACUGGCACAGAUACCAAAUGUUCACGGCAUAGUCAAGUUUGAAUAUUUCUAUAGAAAUGCAAACCAAGGAAACAGCACACCCACUGCUUGGCGUCCAGUAACCAAUAUGUUCUCUGAAACUCAAACCUUCAAUAUCGAUAGAAGAGAUGGGGAUACCCUUAAUUUCUGGGUCAAGGCUACUGAUGUAAUGGGAAAUGAAAAGGUGGACAUGACACAGAUAUCAUUCGAUUCUAGUCCACCAACAAGGUUGGGGCAAUCAAACGUUAGGUUCGAACGGAAUGUGGAAUCUUCUUCGUAUUAUUUUUCAAGUAGGUUGCAGGUAGACACUUUUGACAGAGAUAGUGGCAUACACAAAGUUCACUGGGAACUGAUUGCGAACAACAGUAACGUGAUUUUUCAUGAAGGCGAUAUUCCAGGAAACCAAACUAAUGUGGAUCCUGGACCAAAAGAAGGAUACAAAACUGGAAAGGGAGAUUUCUUUUAUUACAGCCAUUAUGUUGACAUAAACAACUGCUGGAUGGUUGUAUCAAAGGAAAAAUUUGAGAUGGAGUUUGUACUUUUAAAUCUGACGGUAUUUAACAUGGCCAUGAAACCAACAUAUUAUAAUAUGACAAUAACGGAUUUGGUGUCGCUUGAUGGCAUGGAUAAAUACUCUGGUCCCACAAAUUUAACCGUUUCCGCAACCUAUGACAAUGGCAUUCGUCUGAAGUGGAUCGUAUCUCCAACAUGCUACGAGAGAACAAAGAUAGUCGUAAAAUUCCGCUCAUCAGACGGCCAAAUUCACUCCCGGUCUGUAGACAAAGAUGCUGACUGGUUUGAUCUGACAGGAUUGGAUUCAGAAACAGUUUAUAAUCUGUCCUUUGUCACUGAGUAUGGCGCACAACGAAGUGAUCCCGUUUUUGUCCAGUUUACAACAAUUGAGUCUCCCGCUGCCCUGACCGGCGGAGCUGUCGCUGGAAUCUCUAUCGCGUUUCUGUUACUCUUUGGGAUAAUUGUUGCAAUGGUGGUCCUAUGGCGACUUGGUCGUUUAUCGCUGGUAAGAGAUGACAUCCGACGCCGCGUUACAGUUGUACGAAAGAACCUCACUAAUCGAUUUUCAUCUGCGCAUACUAACCCUAGCUAUGAGUGUGAUGAUAUUUAUGUAUACGGCCAAAUGGAACUUAGCAGCAGUCAGAGUUAUAUCAUACCAAGCUCUGACAUCGUACUGGAUGCCUUGUUGACAAGUGGAAGAUUUGCAGAUAUCUACAAAGCAAGAUACCAACCACGAAAUAACAAAGCAAAACAAACUGUUGUCGCAAAGACACUGAAAAGUGGUUACAGUGAAGAAAACUUGUUGAUGAUGAAAGCAAAGAUCAAUUUCUUUGGAAAGGAAGUCGGCGAACAUCCAAAUCUCAUCCAUUUAAUCGGUGCCGUCAUCGACAAUGAUGCAUUCGGACCAUUCAUGAUUCUUGAAUAUUGUGAAAAGGGACAACUUCGAGACUGGUUACUGCAACAACAAAACUAUUUGACGGACGACACGGUGGAACUGUUAUAUAGGAUUGUUUACGGGAUUUCAAAGGGAAUGUUUUACCUGGAAACAAAAAAGAUAGUACACAAAAGACUUGCUGCAAGAAAUAUUUUACUGACGGAAGAACUGGAGCCCAAGAUUUAUGGAUUUGGACCUGAACCACCACAACAACAGAACAGUGCUAACGAUGGGGAUGGGGAUCAAGCAUCUGACGAAAAGGAGCGGAUCCCUGUGAAAUGGACAGCUCCAGAGUGUCUGCUUUCAAUGAAAUCCGCAACAACCAAAAGUGAUGUGUGGUCCUUUGGAGUAGUUUUGUGGGAAAUAUUCAGUUUGGGUGAAACCCCCUACCCAGGGAUACGUAGCAGAGACUUGCAGAGCCACGUUAAAAAUGGACAUAGAAUGAAGAAACCAGAAAUCGCAAACGACUUCUACUUUGGAGUCAUGACCAAAUGCUGGAACGCAAAGCCAAAACAAAGACCAAGUUUCAAAGAUACAUCUACGGAUAUUGGGAAAACAUUCAAUGUGGCGCCUUCCGAUGAAUUCUACUAUUACACAGAAAAAUAAUCCGAGACCAAAUAUAUUUCCUUCACUUCGAAGAGUCUCCUAUAAUUCAAACCGAUUGACUACCACUUAACAGCAAUGACGUAAUAUGCUGGAAACAACAACAUUAAGCCGCAAUCAAAUAAAUCUAUAAAGCAGUUCUGAGAGGAAAUCACAAGUUUCUCUUAUUUUGUAUACAUUGUAGUUGACCUUGUAAUGUCGUUGAUCAUUGCUAAAUUUUGUUAUAUUUUGUAUCAUGUAAUUCAAUCCAUUACGAAUGGAAUAGCUUU